AUGGCAAUGCGUUCAACACUCCUGGCCGCCGGCCUGCUCCUCGGCUCGGCUCAAGCUUUGACUACCGAGGGUGUACUUGCUGCGCCUCGCAGAAGCACUGGAAGCCUGAGCCCCAAGGGUGAUCGGGCACUCUUCUCAUCGACCAGCUACAACUGGACCACUGCAAAGGCUACGACAGGAUGGUACUUUCUUGAUGUCGAAAGUGGCAAGACGAACAAGGCACCUUUCGGUAGCGAGGUUUCCGAGGUCGUCUGGAUCGGCGAGACAGAAGACAGCAUCUUGUACUUGAACUCAAGUAAUGAGGAGGUCCCUGGGGGUGUCACACUUUACACCGCUGAUCUGAGCGGCGAGUUCAACCCUUCACUGGUGGCGUCUUUGAAUGCGCCGUUUUCGGGUCUCAAGGCUGCAAAAUCUGCUGAUGGCUCUAUCCACUUUGUUGCAAACACUCUGGCUUACUGGGGCAACGGCUCUGCCUACAACCCUGAGCUCGCCACGACUCCCAAAUCGGCGGGUCAGCUGUACGAUGCCAACUUUGUCCGCCACUGGAAUUACUACAUCACCGAGCAGCGGUAUGCUGUCUUCAGUGGCAGCCUUACCAAAGGCAACGGCAGCUACUCCUUUGAUGGAGAGAUCAAGAACCUCCUAAAGGGUGUCAACUCAACCGUCACCCACCCAGAGAGCCCAGUUCAGGGAUCGUCAAGCGACCCAGGUGACUACGAGAUCUCGCCCGACGGCAGCAAGGUGGCCUUCCGCAGCAAGUCUCCCGACCUGCCCAAGGCCAACUACACCGCCAGCUACAUCUAUGUCGUGCCCCAUGAUGGAUCUGAGGUGGCCGUAGCUAUCAACGGACCUGGUACAACUGCUCCGGAGACCGCCCAGGGUGCUUCUGGCUACCCCGUGUGGUCGCAUGACAGUAAGAAGCUGGCUUACGGCCAGCAAGACGGUAUCGAUUACGAGUCGGACCGCUUCAAGCUCUACGUUGCAGACAUCGACGGCUUGAACUCCAAAGUCCAUGCGGUUGCUGAGGACUGGGACUCGUCUCCUUCAGGCCUAAAGUGGAGCCCUGAUGAUGCGGAUCUUUGGGUUGUCUCCGAGCUUCAUGCCGCAAACCGUCUCUGGCUCGUACCUCACGAUGCUCCAGCUGACUUCAAGCCUGUAAACUUUACCGGACCUGACACCGUGCUCUCCGACUUCGAUAUCCACCCAGAUGGCUCUGCUUUUGUUUCAGCGGCUGCCUCCUGGACCAGCCGUAUCUUCUACAAGCAGUAUCCCAAGGAAGACAAGAAGGUCAUCUUCACAGCCAAUGAAGUUGACCCGGAACUCGCCGGGCUCCUGCCAAACUCCACCUCCAACUUCUGGGUCGAGAACGAAGAUGGCGACCAAGUCCAGUCUUUCGUUUUCUAUCCCACCGACUUCAACCCUGAAGAGAAGUAUCCCCUGAUGUUCAUCAUUCACGGUGGUCCACAAUCCACCCAGGGCGAUAACUGGAGCGUACGCUGGAACCUGCGUCUCUGGGCUGAUCAAGGCUUUGUGGUUGUCGUAACGCAAUUCACUGGCUCCCCAUCGUACAGUCAGGCUUUCACAGACAAGAUCCAAGCCAACUGGGGCGGCUCACCCUACAACGACCUGGUCACCGUCUUCAACCACAUCAAAGCCAACAUCAGUUACAUUGACACCGAUCGCGCAAUCGCUGGCGGCGCAUCUUUUGGCUGCUACAUGACAAACUGGAUCCAGGGACAUGCUCUGGGCCGCGAGUUCAAGGCGCUCGUCUGCCACGAUGGAAAGGUGAACCAGGUUGCCAGCUACUCCACCGACGAGCUGUGGUUUAUCCAGCGCGACAACAACGGUACUAUCUGGAACGACCGCGCAAACUACGAGAAGUGGGAUCCUAUCGUUUACUCGGCGAACUUCAGCACCCCGGAGUUCAUCAUCCACAACGAUCUCGACUACCGUGUGCUUAUUUCCGAGGGCCUGCAAACCUUCAACAUCCUUCAAAGCCUCGGAGUGCCGAGCCGCUUCCUGCAUUUCCCUGACGAGGGCCACUGGGUCACGAAGAGAGACAACAGUCUGCUGUGGCACAAAUCCAUCUUCAACUGGAUUAGAUACUAUGCUGGUCUGGAUGAGGAGCUGAUCCAGGAGGGCGUCAUUCACCAGUAG